CAUCGGCCAUACGCCUCAAAAACAAACUUUGCCUGCACCACUCAAAAUAUUUUGGCCAUUGCUCCCCUCCCUCUCUCUCCUCUGCUUUCUCUCUAAUGGCGUCAUCCAUUGCAGUGGCUACUUCCUGCUCUACCAGCAUUUCUUCUUCCCAUUAUUGCUCUUUUUCACAGCAUAACUUAGGACAAACAUGGAAGCUUGGCACAAUCAGAUUGUAUAAGAUGAUGAAGCAUUUCCCUCCUACAUCAUUCAAUCAAAGGAGAAAUUUGGUCUGUGCAGUCAGUCAAGGUGCUGAGGAAGCAUUCAAGAAGACAGUUGAAGUUGACAGGUUUAUUGAUACGUUAAGGGAUGCCAACCCGAAAGAACUGAUACUGUUCAUUAUACAACAGUUACCCCAGCUUGUUGUUGAAAAUCUUCUUGCUUUCAACGAGGGUUUCUGGAUUCGUCUUGCUGCCAGAACCGACACCUGCAAAUCAGAGGAUGAUAAAAAAGACUACGAAGAAUUGGCGGCUACACUAAUGAGCACAGUUGACCGUCUUGUUCAUAAAACCAAUGAAAAAAUUGAUUCAGCUACUGAUGUUCUAAAAUCAAUUCUGAAACAUGUGGUGGAUGAGGAUGAAGAGAUUACCUGGCCACCUAGAGAUCCCCAAGCUCUAACUUUGAUGGAACAGGAGUUGAAUCAAAGAGAGCAAGAAGGAUAUUUGGAUGAAGGGUUCCUUUCAGAAGUCAAUGCACAACUCCGGCAAGCAAAAGAAGACGGGGACAAGCCUGGACUUGUGGCUAUGCUGCAGAAAGUUUUGCAACUCUAUGCCUCUAGACUUCUUUCUAAACGUAGUUAUGCAAAGAAAGGUAAUGAGAUCUUGAAGACAGAGCAAUUUCUUGAGACUGUUAUAAAAGCUCCUGAAAAUGAAUGGAAUGCGCUACUACUUAAUGGUUUAUCAAUUGCAAAAGGAGAUGUUUCACCAGAGGACUUCUUUGCCGUGAUUAAGAAACGAAUAGAACGAGUUUUAAUUCGAACAGAAGGAGGAUCUUACCAACAGCGUAUACUUACCGAGUACCUUAAAGGUAUACAGUCAAGAGCCGAGGAAAUCGUACAGGCCCUUCAGGGAAACCCGUAAAUGAGAUUGUCCAAGUCACGACUCACGAGUUUGCUGCGUUUUGGAAAGAUUUUUUGUGCACCAGAAAUUGUUACCACAGGAUGUUACAGAUAAUGAAGAACUCUUAUCAAGUUGAGUCCCCUCUACUCAGUUGACAUUUGAGGAGCCAGCUCUUUCAAUACUAGAUGCUUUUCCAUAUGUAUCACUCUCAUUAUUGUUUGCUGUUGCUGUUUUUCUGCA